AGCCAUAGCACACGCCAGUCUCGACGCGGCCGCAUCUAGCGCGAAAAGUGCAGUCCGGUUUCUAAACGAAAAAAUAAUACAAAUCCUGUUCGCUCGAGACGUUUGCAUGUUUUUUUUUUUUUAUUAAUUUAAAAUCAGAACGUAUUUGAUUUAAAGCCGCUGAAUAAUAAAAGUGAUAGUUGUGUGACCAGUUAGAAAUAAAAGUGACAGUAACAAAGGGGAUAAAUGAAUUUACUUAUACAAUUAAAGUUAAUAAAAAUGUGUCGUCUGCUGGUGCUGGCGAUAGUAUUGGUGCAUUUAGUCAACUGUCAGGACAAAGAAAAUGAUAUAGAGGAAUCAACACCGCUUGUCUAUGAACCAUCCUGGACAUAUGAAUGUGUGCCGGAUGAGGGCUGUCAACGCUCCGAUUUUCCGCAGCCGACCCUGAACAGGAGUAUGAUCUUCGAUAGCAUCGACCUAUGCAGGACCGUCUGCGGCCGCUUCGGAGGAAUCUGGCCCAAACCGGUCACGGCGGCCUUGAGCAUGCAGACUAUUAAGAUACAUCCGAAUUACUUGAGAUUCGAUCUUAGCAACGCGCCGGCAGAAACCCGAAAGAUAUUGGCCGAGAUGUCUCAAGUGGCCACUCAGAAUAUCAUAAGUGAAUGCGAGGGUAAUGUCACGGAGGUCGUUGAGAUGCCUGUCAUUGUACACAUCACGGUCAAAACAGACAACAUGAACCUAACCUGGCAGACUGACGAACAAUACCGCUUGGAUGUCCAGAGCAAAGAUACCAGCGUCGUGGUUCAAGUUAUCGCGGAAACGGUUUUCGGAGCACGCCAUGGUUUAGAGACUUUGACGCACCUGAUUUCGGCUGAUAAGCCAGAUUUAUCGGAACAAUCUAAAUGUGGGCUCCGUAUGGUAGCGGGUGCCAAAAUAUGGGAUAAACCUGUGUACCCACAUAGAGGAUUUCUUCUGGACACGUCAAGAAACUUCAUCCCUAUGGACGAUAUCAAAAGAAUGAUCGAUGGUUUGGCUACACUCAAGAUGAACGUCUUCCACUGGCACGUAACAGAUUCACACAGCUUCCCGUUGGAAUCAAGACGAGUGCCGCAGUUUACUAAGUACGGUGCUUAUUCCGCCUCAGAGAUCUACAGUUCGGAGGAAGUACGUGGUCUGGUGGAAUACGCUCUCGUUCGCGGAGUCCGUAUCUUAAUUGAAAUAGACUCACCAGCGCACGCCGGCAAUGGCUGGCAGUGGGGGAAUGAGUACGGUUUGGGUGAUCUGGCGGUUUGUGUGAACGAGAAACCCUGGCGGCAGCUUUGUAUUCAGCCACCCUGCGGGCAACUGAACCCCGCCAACCCUGCCGUAUAUAGAGUAUUGAGAGACUUGUACAGAGACAUCGCUGAAACUCUCACCAAACCUCCUCUAUUUCACAUCGGCGGUGAUGAGGUAUUCUUUGAAUGCUGGAACUCGUCAAAUACGAUCCUAGAGUACAUGCAGACUAAAGGCUACAGCAGGAAUGUUGAAGGUUUCAUCAAUUUAUGGUCGGAAUUUCAUGAGAAGGCUCUCAAUAUUUGGGAUGAAGAACUAGCAGCGAUCGGAGAAACGGAGAAGCAGCCAGUCUUAAUCUGGUCUUCCGAACUCACACAAGCCCACAGGAUACAAAAACAUUUGGACAAAAAAAGAUACACAAUUGAAGUUUGGGAACCUCUGUCCAGUCCUUUGUUAAUUCAACUGAUACGUCUGGGCUACAACGUUAUAUCAGUCCCCAAAGACGUGUGGUAUCUCGAUCAUGGGUUUUGGGGUCAGACGAAAUACUCUAACUGGAGAAGAAUGUACGCACACACACUGCCAAGAGAUCCAAAUGUUUUGGGGGGUGAAGUCGCUAUGUGGACUGAAUAUGUGGAUAAAGAGGCUUUGGAUCCGAGAGUGUUCCCUCGAGUGGCUAGCGUGGCGGAACGUCUUUGGUCGGAUCCCACGACGGGAGCGAGUGGCGCUCAGCCUCGCCUGCAGCGGGUGAGGACGAGACUCGUCCAACGAGGACUGAGGGCGGACGUGCUAGCUCCAGGCUGGUGCGCUCAACACGACACGCGCUGCUUAUAGCGAGCUGAGUGAUUCGUUGGACGAAAGUCAGCCAGAAGCUAUAAAAGCGUUCCCAAAAUGUCUAUCAGCUGCCGUUUUAUUCCAUAUUCAAAAUAUUUCGUGUAAGGUUUUAUUUGAGUCAUAUUUAUUUAUAAUUUAAGAAUAAAAUUUUAAAAAAAUAAAUUAAACUAACCAACUGAUUCUUAUCAUAAUGAAAUGAAACGCUCAAAUUAGUUUAAGACUUUCAUGAUUUUAUAAAAGACAUAAGUUUAAGGUUAAUCUCGGAGGAGAUCUCAUAUUUUAGUUCAAUAUCCUUACUGGAUUAAUUAUGUAUAUUUUACUUACCUAUCAACUUAUGUACCUGUUUUAUUGUUGACGAUUUGUAAAUAAGUAACUAUGCUUAAAAUUAUUAUUUUUUUUAUUGUGAUAAUAAUUUGACGUAAUUAUGACACGGUGUACAGUUCUUAUGUCCGAUUCGUAACUUUCACAUCGAAGUUGUAGUGUAACGUCGCCUAUUAUAAACGCUAAGUUACUUUAAAAUAAAUACAAUGAUCUUA